CGCUCCCGCCCCGGAGUCACCUUGGUGCCGGGCGGCCGCUCCGCUCCGCGCCUGCCCCGGCCCCGGCCCCGGCCCCGGCCCCGGCCCCGGCCCCAGGCCCCAGGCCCCGGCCCCGGUUCAGGCCCCGGCCCCGGUUCAGGCCCCGGCCCCGGUCCCGGUCCCGGUCCCGGCCGACAUGGCGGCGGCGCCGGCGGCCGAGAAGCCCAAAACCUCCCCCAAGUCCAUCAAGUUCCUCUUCGGCGGCCUGGCCGGCAUGGGCGCCACGGUGUUCGUGCAGCCGCUGGACCUGGUGAAGAACCGGAUGCAGCUCAGCGGCGAAGGCGCCAAGACGCGCGAGUACCGGACGAGCCUGCACGCCGUGGGCAGCAUCCUGCGCAACGAGGGGCUGCGCGGCAUCUACACCGGGCUCUCGGCCGGCCUCCUGCGCCAGGCCACCUACACCACGACCCGCCUGGGCAUCUACACGGUGCUCUUCGAGAAGCUGACGGGCGCCGACGGCACGCCGCCGGCCUUCCUCACCAAGGCGCUCAUCGGCAUGACGGCGGGGGCCACCGGCGCCUUCGUGGGCACCCCGGCCGAGGUGGCCCUCAUCCGCAUGACGGCCGACGGCAGGCUGCCCCCGGCCGAGCGGCGCGGCUACCGCAACGUCUUCGACGCCCUGCUGAGGAUCACGCGGGAGGAAGGCGUCCCCACGCUCUGGCGGGGCUGCGUCCCCACCAUGGCCCGGGCGGUGGUGGUCAACGCCGCCCAGCUCGCCUCCUACUCGCAGUCCAAGCAGUUCCUGCUCGACUCCGGCUACUUCCGCGACGACGUCCUGUGCCACUUCUGCGCCAGCAUGAUCAGCGGGCUGGUGACCACGGCCGCCUCGAUGCCCGUGGACAUCGCCAAGACGCGCAUCCAGAACAUGCGGACGAUCGACGGGAAGCCGGAGUACCGCAACGGGCUGGACGUGCUGCUCCGCGUCGUGCGCUACGAGGGCUUCCUGAGCCUCUGGAAGGGCUUCACGCCGUACUACGCCCGCCUGGGCCCCCACACCGUCCUCACCUUCAUCUUCCUCGAGCAGCUCAACGGCCUCUACCGCCGGCUCUGCCUCGGCGCCUAGCGCCCCACGGCCGCCCCACGGCCACCCCACGGCCACCCCACGGCGCCCCACGGCCGGCCCCAGGCACCCCACGGCCGCCCCCCGCCGCCCCGGCACCUCCCCUCCCCGCCAUCCCUUCUGUGGUGGCCCCCGUGUCCCCCAUCGUGGUGGCCCCAUCGCGGUGACCCCGGUGACCCAUGUCCCCAUCGCAGUGGCCCCCGUGGCCCCAUCGUGGUGGCCUCAGUGGCCCCAUUGCGGUGGCUCUGGUGACCCGUGACCCAAAUCACGGUGGCCCCCGUGUCCCCAUCGUGGUGGCCCCAUCGUGGUGGCCUCAGUGGCCCCAUCGUGGUGGCUCUGGUGACACGUGACCCAAAUCACGGUGGCCCCCAUGUCCCCAUCGUGGUGGCCCCAUCGUGGUGGCCCCAGUGUCGCUAUCGUGGUGGCCCCAUGGUGGUGGCCCUUGUAUCCCCCCCCCGUGAUGGCUCUGGUGGCCCCAUGGGGGUGGCCCCAGUGGCCCCGUGGUGGCCCCAAUGUCCUUGUCGCGUCCCCCCAUUGUGUCCCCAUCGUGGUGGCCCCAGUGUCGCUAUCGUGGUGGCCCCAUGGGGGUGGCUCUUGUAUUCCCCCCCCCCCCCCCCAUGAUGGCCCCGGUGGCCCCAUGGCACGUGGCUCUGGUGGCCCCGUGGUGGCCCCGUGGUGGUGGCCCCAGUGGCCCCGUGGUGGCCCCGAUGCCCUUGUCGUGGUGGCACCGGUGUCCCUCCCCCCCCCCCCCCGUGGUGGCCCCGGUGUCCCCCCAUCGUGUCCCCAUCGUGGUGGCCCCGGUGGCUCCUCUGUGGGGCCUCUGGGCCCCCCGGCGGCUCCCACAUCCCCGUGACCCCCCCCCCCGCUCCCUCGCGCCCCCCACGUCCCCCCCGCCCCCCACGGGACCCUCUGCCCCACGUCCCCCCUGCCCCACGUGGGCCCCACGCGUCUCUCAGACCCCCCCCCAGGCCCUUCGUGCCCCCCCACGUCCCCGCUGCCCCCAUGCAGGACCCACGUCCCCUCUGCCCCCCCCCAGGCCCCUCGUGUCCCCCCCCCACGUCCCCUCUGCCACCACGUGGGACCCACGAGUCCCUCGCGCCCCCCCCCGGGCCCCUUGUGCCCCCCGACUGCACCCACGUGGGAGCCACAUCUCUGCCCCGGGCCCCUCGUGCCCCCCCCACGUCCCCUCUGCCCCCCACCCCGGACCCCUCACGCCCCCCUCCCCCCAUGUCCCCUCUCACCCCCCCCCGGGUCCCUCGCGUUUCCCCCUCCCACGGGGCCCCUCACACCCCACGGCCCCCCCCAGACCCCCCCCAUGGGGACAGAGGUACCGCACUGGGGACAUGGAGCCCCCCCCCCCGGGGGCCCAGGCGUCCGGGGGGCCCAGGCGUCCGGCGCGCUGAAGGAGGGGGAGGGGCAAGACCCAGUUUGGUGCUUUAUUACAGGAGUCUCAAGGCCACGGUGGGGGGCGGGGGCGGCCCCAGGCUCCGCCCCCCCGGCGAGGCUCCGCCCCUCCCCUCCCCCUGCCCCCCCGCCCCGCCUCGCCGUGGGGCGCCCCACGGCCCCGGGGCCAUAAAGUGCUUCGUUAAUGAAUCUCGUUACAAAAUAAUUAAAGCAAAAUAUACAGAGA